GUUAAAAUUGCAAAUGAAAACAUUUUAAUGGUCGAAAGAUUUCUUUCUUUCAUACAAGAAAAUACAUAUAUUAGAAUUUUGUUCACGUCCUUCUUUUUAUAGCAGUGUUAUGAUUCUUUAAUCUGUGUUCUACAGUUACUGUUGUAAAUUAACACGUGUGACGGUUAGCGGAGUUGUACAACUAGCCCGGGGGUAUUGUCGUAACAUGCUUCUAAAUGAUGAUGGUCAAUGAGUUAAUGACCUGCCUGUUUACGUGAAGUUGACCGGUGUCCCAUCCCUAGGAUCCCGCGCGCUAACUGCCGGGUGGGGUAAGAGUCACUGCUGACCAGUAGAUAAGGUCAUAUCGGGGCUUUGAGAUGGACGUGCUUAGUAGAAAUCCGUGGAAUAUAAAUGUGUUUGACCAGUUUUCAAUAUUCAAAAUGGCUCCGGAUUUAGACUAUAAGAGAUACGAAUCUGAUGUGACGCUUGAAUCUUUGCCUCGUUUCUGGGAUUACACGUCACAUUUCAUUAUGGAUCCCCAUGGAGAAUUCGUGCUGCAAUAUUUGGGGAGUACCACUCUCGCCAAAGCGACCUCUUCCGGACUCGGUACCAUUCAGAAACCUUUACGUGACAGUUAUUUUGAAUACAGAAAACAUUCCGGAAAGAAACACAAAUCCAAAGACCUAACGGAAGUGGCGCUUCAGAUAACUCCCAAUGGCAUAGCCGUUAUUGUUGCUGGGGUAAGUCCCGGAAGUGAACUUUUUUACGACAUGCAGUCCAUUUCCUUUUUUGAGGCCGUACGAUUUACGACAGUGAAAGGCCACGAUAAGAAAAUUCAGGGCGGGUUUGUUCCAAUAGAUAUCAACCGGGCGCCUAAUACAGGGUCGGAAAAACUGUUUACGCCAUUAGACAAAAAACACAGCAAUCUUGCGAAGGUGGACCACCCUCCACUGUUAGCGCUUGUUAUGAGAAGGAAUUCUGGUGUGCGGGCGUUAGAAUGUCACGGAUUCGUGUGUGAUAACGAAGACCAGGCAUUACGUAUAACACAGCUGAUAUACAUGUUACAAACUCGCAUGAUGGAGCCAGGAAGGCCCGAGUACAUGAGGCAACCCUCUGAUCCCAAUUACGAAAGAGAGCCACCCCACGUACGCCGACCUGAUAUUUUGCAAACAACUGAGGGUCAAAGGCCGAUGCAACUGACCGAUGAAUAUCUGCGUGGUUCUCGGACCGGAGAGUGGGAGGAUUACCGACCAGAAUUUGAAGGUCAAGGACAUGACAGAUACAUGAGAGAUCCAUACGGUCCCCCAGGAGGACCAAGGGACCCUCAGGGAUACAUGUCUUCGUCAGGAAGGUUUGAUAAUAGAUUUCCCGCACCGGGAUAUGAUGAAAACAUUCGUCACAGACACGAACGAGAACAUUCGGGUGAUUAUCAAAGACCGCCAUCCAACGAAUUUCAUCACGAAAGACACCACUCCAACGAAAUGCGUCGUGAUCGACCUCCAUCCGACUAUCGUUACGAACGACAACCAUCAAUGGAAUACAGACAUGAACGUCAACGGUCAAACGAACUCGCUCAUGAACGGAAACAAUCGGGCGAAUUCAGGCACGAACGCCAACCUUCGGUCGAAUACCACCACGAACGACAGGGCUCGGGAGAUUACCCAAGGGGCGAUGGUCGCUACCCAAGAGAGGGCUAUGACUCUGGUGGAAGAAGAGGCCGUCCCGAAAACAGACAGGAAGACUUCAGGAUUCCCCGCGUAAUGUCACCCGGUCGUGUUCCCCCGGCCACUGCCCCCAAACCGUCACGUGCUCUGUCUCCAGGACCAAGAUCGCCAAUGGAAGACCGUUAUCUAGGAAACGAACCACCUGGCGUGAAACGUGGUCUACCCCGAACUCCUUCAAUCGACGAACCACCAAUUCAUUCCCCAACACGUGACCGACCGCCAUCUUUUAAAGGCCCAGAAUACUCCGCAUCAAGUCUGGAGAGUAGACAGGAAAUUGAGCAACAGAGGUCUAAGCCUGUCGCUCGAGUUCCGCCACACCUUGUGGCCGGAGUCAAAGUUCUUCCGACGGGUUUUGCGGCAGCUAUUCAAAAGAAACAAGAAGAGAAGAAAUCUCCUCGCAGUCCGAAGCAAGAGCGAUACGCCGAAGAGGACCCUUAUGACAAUGCAAUGACUAGAAAAGAAUUUUAUGAGCACGAAUCAAAGAAGUUUGACCAUAAUUCUAAUGCGCAUGCCCCACCGGAUAUUGUUCCGAGGGUCGAUCAUGGGAGGGAGGAGGAUUAUAAUGACUACGACCGAGUGAUCCGGAGAGACCCCGAAGGUUACUACCCGAAAGGGCCUGCUAAUUUCAGACAUAGUGCUCCUUCGGAGGACCUCGGAAAACCUCACAAGCCUUGGUCUUACGAUGAACAAUUCCAAAAAUAUUCGCAAGAAAAGGAUAGAUUUGAUCCAUCUUAUGACACAUCACGUGACCCGCUGGACGGGCCACCUGAUCACAGGCACGGCGAAAUGGCUGAAAUGUUUAACAAAAUGAAUAUUCAUAAUCCUAGCAGUCGAGCGGAAGUGCCAGAAACCAAUUUUGAACAAUCACUUGGAUAUUAUCCGUAAUUCUGAUCAAAGUCAUUCUAAUUAUACAUGUAACCCACAUAUUACGUUUUUUUUUUCUAUAGGAUUAUACAUGUAUAAUUAUAUUAUCUUCUUUGGCUCUCGCAAAAAUUUGAAACUUGAUAUGAGGAUAUUGUAAUUAGAGAUUUCAAACAGUCAACCUGGUUUUUUAAUUUAAGAAAUCAAAAUUUACUUACAAGCGAUGUUAUAAAAAUGUAACAUAAACGUAUCAAGUUAAGCUAUUUUUUGUUGAUUUAUUUCAUACAGUCAUGUACUUCGUGUUUUAUGACCUAAGAUUACCUCUCCGCGUGAUUAUAUACAAUGUAUUUGCUUUACUUUAAACAGAAAUCUUUACAUGUGUACAUGAAACCUGUAUAUAUAGAAAUGUAGAAACUCAUAGAUACAUGUAUGAAUGUAUGUUGUUCUGGUUUUGAAUUUACCAAUUCUCGUAUCACUGAAUUUGUUAUAUAAAUUUUUACUUGUAUAAUUAAUAUAAAAAGAAUUAUUUAAAAAUU